AUGAUCAAAGCGAAGGGACGUGAAGCUGCACUAUCAGCCGAUGAUGAUGAAGAUAGAUUGGAGGACGAUUUAGGCAUCGGAGGACAAUGGUCACUGGAAGAAAGGCAGCAAGUUGCUGCCCGUAUUGAAGCCUCGGGGACGCCCUUGGGUCUCCCAGAUGUGGCUUUCGAUGCGCCAUCCAUGGUGCAGGAUGCGUAUGAUGCAUGCAUCCAGAAAAGCGCUGGUAUCGAUUUCAUGAUGGAUGCCAUCCUACAAGCUGCAAGGCGAAUGGAUGCUGAGAAUUGGGAGCGUUUCCAGCAGAUCCCCUUGCUUCAUGUCCACCAGGAUGAUGCAGCGGUCCACAGCAACCUGUUUGCCCAGACUGAGCCCAGUUGGCGUCCAUUGCUUCAGCGGCCCAAGAAGCGGAGACAGAGCUGUGAAUUUUUGCACAUGGGGACUGCAGCCAUGACUUCUGGUCUUGCAGACUUUUUGACUAAGCUUGGUUGGUCUGGUGUUUGUGUGGGGCCAGUUAAGCCUCCACCAGGCAAUGAGGACUUGCUGAAGCACGUGAAUCUCGAUCCGGCGGCAGAGAAGGACCAGAUGCAGAUUGAUGCUCUCUUGUCCGAAACUGGCGGACUGGUUCCCAGACCUCCGACAUUUCCACUGGCCUAUGUCAACGUCGUUUUCAACGUCAAUGAGGAAGCCAACUUGUUGGACCCAAAUGAUGACGACUAUGAAGAACAGCUGGAAGCAAGGCAGAGGAAAGAAGAGAUGGAACAACAGCAGCAGAAAGAGAAGAGAACAAGUAAGGAACAGUCUCAGCAAGAAAAUUCACCUCUACCCGCUAUUCCUCCUGCCACAAUUGCAGGCUACGGUGUGGUGGGCCUUACGCGGGGUCACCGUGUGCGGCGACGUUUGCAAGCCUUGAAGAACAGCUUGGCGAUCACCUUAGGUCGGCUGGCGAAGGAUGGGACGCUGGUGGUUCUAUGGCCUGGCCUCCCUCUACACCCAGUGUUGUUCUUCAUAGCAGGUUCUCUUCGCCCGCUCUUUCAGCGUGUGCACGUCUUUAGCCCAGAAGGCUCCAAGACCUUCGAAGUGUACAUCCUCGCGGCUGGAUACAAACGUGAGAAAGCUGACAGCAAAGUGCCUGGAAUGGGUGGGCUAGAGCUCAGAAGCUUUUUUUGA